AUGACUCUUAAAGGUUGCCAUUUUCUGAAUGAGACACCUUUUGAGCUUGAUGGUGUUAAGCUCAGAUACAUCAAGGAGUCGGAAGAGAUGCGCCUUGCCAUGCAACCUUGGAAGCUUAUAAAGAGAGUGAAGGAAAUUGAGCAAGAAGCUUAUGCAGAACCUGAAACUGUCCAACCUAAAGACAUCAAGCAGACUGCUGCUGUUGAUCUUUCUAAAAGGUUGCAGGAUUUCCGUUCGCUUAAUGAUGCUUCCGGUUUGAAAGCUUUAGAGGAAUGGCGUAAACGGAAGAUGGAACGAGCCAGACAACGAGCUUUGGAGAAAAAUGGAACUGGGACCUCUCAAGCUUGA